ACACAAAAGCCCCGAAAUUCGUAGCGUCACCAGACCUAAUUUCUCACUCCGAAACAAACGUUCCUAUUUCCCUCCUUUCUCUCUCUCCCUCCCCUUCUCUCUUUGAGCGUUAAUAGGAGACGGCUUUAGUUUCUCUCUUUCUAUCUCUUCCCGUUGUUUUUUCUCUCUCAUCUUCCUUUUCUUCGUUCUAGAGGUUUCGUUUUGUUGAGUAUCUGCCGUCCGAUCGGAGUAUUGUACAGAUCUGAGUCUAAGUAUUGGGUUUCAGACGUCACGCGCCGAGAUCUGGGGGCCACGCGCAGGGAUCCGAGAACAGGAAUGGUGGUUAGCGGUAGGCCGAUGAAGCGGAUGAAGAGGAGAGUCACGGCUGACCUGUACGACUUCCUUACGUUCCCUUCGCCGUCCGACGGUGUUUCUUCUCACGCCGGCUCGGGCGCGGGGCCCUUUAGGACGAACGUGAGGGCCUUCCUGUCCAUGCACGCGCUCUUGCCGCCUCCGUCGUCGCUUUUCCCCCAUCUGCUGACGUGGCAGAUCCUCUUCCGUGUGGGAGACCUCACCGAGAGCGGUGGCGACUCCUCUCCCGCCGUCGUCUACCUAGACAUCGUGGAAGAGGACGUUGCGAGAUCUAGAUCCGUUUAUUGCGACCACUGCCGAGUCGUUGGUUGGAGCAAUAAUCCGGUGUGUGCCAAGCGGUACCAUUUCAUAAUUAAGGCGGACGGGAAUUCCAUUGGUGGGUAUAACAAGUCUUGUGCUGGCUGUGGUGAUCCACUUCAUUUGUCGGAAUCAAGAUGCAAGUCGUGCAACCAUAUGGUAACCACGGAAGAUGUGGAAGAUUGGAUGUAUCACCAAUUGGAGGAUACAAGCCAUCUUCUUCACGGUGUGAUUCAUGCCAAUGGUUACGGGCAUCUUCUCAGGGUCAAUGGCAGGGAAGGUGGCUCAAGGGUGCUUUCUGGUUGUCAUAUCAUGAACUUCUGGGAUCGGCUUUGCAAAGUUCUUGGAGUAAGAAAAGUAAGUGUGAUGGAUGUGUCCAAGAAAUAUGGGCUGGAGUUUAGACUGAUUCAUGCCAUAACGAAAGGGCACCCAUGGUAUGGCGAAUGGGGUUAUGAAUUUGGGACUGGUAGUUUUGGUCUGACUCAUGAUGCCUAUAAAAGAGCUGUUCAGAACCUUUCUUCUCUGCCCUUAACUAUUCUUUUAUCUCAAGGCCGGAAACCUCGAACACGCAUGCAGGAUUUGAUUUCCUUUUAUCAGUCCUUGUCGGAACGUGAACUUGUAAAUAUUAGGGACCUCUUCAGUUUUUUAAUUAGUUUAAUCCAUGAUACCCACAAAUCUAGCUUGAGGGUUGAUGAUUUGACUUGCAAGAAGCGUAAAUAUUGUGACACCAAGGCCUUAUGUGCAUGGAGUAGUAGUGAUGUUCUACGUGUUGAAGAAGCUAUGUUCAGAGUGCUUAGAGCUGUUUCUGGAUCCAAAUGGGUUAGCUGGCGUGCUCUGAGAGGUGCUGUAUGCAAAGCUGGGUCCCCUGAACUUCUUGACUACUGCCUAAAAGAACUAACUGGAAAACAGGCUGCUGAUGGAAUGGUUGUCAACUCCCGUUGUGCUUCUGGUUCUGGUGCCAUGGAGUACAGACUUGAGCCUGGGAGUGCCACAGUCAAUGUUAAUACGGCUGGGGAUAACAACUAUAUGAGACCGAAUUUACCUUCUGAUGAACAUCUAUUGCGGGAUCUGAAGUACUUGUAUGAGUGCAUGCUCCACCCUCAAACUAUGGCGAACCAUUUACAUGUCUGCAAAAAGGAUGUUAUAAUCCAGUCAGCUACAACACUUAUUGAUUGCAAGAAAUUCAUGAAAGAAUAUCAACCCGAGAAAUUUGUACCAGCCUUAAACCCUCGUGCCAUUCAGCUGUUAUGUGAGCUGGAUCUAACGGAUUAUUCUGAAAGGUGUUCUGUGAAUCCUCCCCCAGAGCUACUUGUUUUAUCUUCAAAUGCCACCAUAUCUGACCUGAAGGUUGAAGCAUCAAGAGCUUUCCAAGAUGUAUACCUAAUGUUCAGGAGAUUCCAAGUGGAGGAGUUAGUUGGGUAUGCCGGUGUCGGUGACUCUACUGGCUUAAAAUUAUUGUUAGGAUCAGCUGAAUUUGUGAGGGUUCGGGGAAGAAGCCUGGGUAAGAAUGCUCUGAGUAGGUUUAGAAUGGAAAGAGGUCUCGAGAGUUGGACUGUGGAUUGCCAUUGCGGGGCCAAGGAUGAUGACGGUGAGAGAAUGCUGGCAUGUGAUUCCUGUGGCAUAUGGCAGCACACCAGGUGUGCUGGAAUUCCCGACUUAGAUAGUGUUCCUGCUCGGUUUGUUUGCCUCAGGUGCAGUUGUGUUAUUGGGCAAGCUAAGACUAUUGGACAGAUGAAGGAUGAGUUUGUGGGAUCUGCUGCCUAUUGUGUUGGCAAGGGACUAGGGAAGAGCAUGACAAGCGCUUUUUGAAGUGUGCUGCUGGGUUUUUGUACAUGUUCACUAGAUGGUAAAAUGGUAUCAUCAUCAUCAGCAGCACAUUUCCUUCUUUUCUUUUUCUGUUUUUGUUUUUCCCUAGUCGAUGUAACUUAUUGAAUGUAAUGUCAUCUUGUAUAUCUCUAUCUGGUACCUAAACUGGCUUGCCAAACUAAUUUAUAACAUUAACUAGACUGUAGGAA